GGGGAGCUCAGGCUGUCUCUGUUGGUUCAGAUCUCCCAGGCUCGUGAGGGUAGCUGGAGCCCCACGAUCUGUCCCGAAGAAGCCAUGACGAGGUCCAAGGUCAGUCUGUACCUCUGGAUGUGUUUGGCUGCAGCGCUGGCAUCUUUCCUGGCAGGAUUUAUGGUGGUUCAUUUGCAGAGCUCCCUCAUCUGUCAGGAACAGAACAAAAUUUGCUGCUUGCCAAGAAAAUCCAAACCCAGUGGAAGAACUUUGGAGUGGACUCAGCCGAGCUGGUUCAUUAUGAUGUUCUCCUGUCUUACCCUAAUGGGACAAAUGCCAACUAUGUAUCAAUUGUGGAUGAACAUGGAAUUGAGGAAGGUUAGAAUGCAUGUCCAUAACACCAAUAAAAUUACAAGGAUUUACAAUGUAAUAGGAACUAUCAAAGGAUCUGUGGAACUUGACAGGUAUGUUAUUCUGGGAGGUCAGCAGGAUUCCUGGGUAUUUGGAGGCAUUGAUCCAGCCACUGGAGCUGCUGUAGUGCAAGAAAUUGUCCAGAGUUUUGGAAAACUGAUGAGUACAGGCUGGAGACCUAGGAGAACUAUCAUUUUUGCCAGUUGGGAUGGAGAAGAAUUUGGACUUCUGGGUUCAACAGAAUGGAUAGAGGAAAAUGCAAAAACACUCCAGGAGAGAAGCGUUGCUUAUAUCAAUUCAGAUUCAUCUAUAGAAGGCAACUGUAUUCUCAGGGUUGACUCUACACCCCUUCUAUAUCAGUUGGUGUACAAACUAGCAAAAGAGAUCUCCACCCCUUAUGAUGGUUUUGAGACUGAAUCUCUUUAAGUAAGCUGGUUGAAAAAGGGCCCUUCACCUGAAAAUAAAAAUUUUCUAGAAUCAACAAGCUGGGAUCCGGAAGCGAUUUUGAAGCCUUUUUCCAGAGACUGGGAAUUGCUGCAGGCAGAGCCCGAUACACUAAGAAUAGGGCACAUCAUCUUUGCUCCAAGUAUCCACAAGAAAUAUUCUGGACAAUCAUUUCCUGGUAUCUAUGAUGCUAUGUUUGACAUUGAAAAUAAAGCAGACCCUCACGCAGCCCAGACAAUUCUAUUUCCAUUGCAGCCUUUACAAUUCAAGCAGCAGCAGGGACUCUGAAAGAAGUAUUAUAGGAAGGUCUCAGUCAAGUGGCUACUGAAUAAAAGUGUUGCUGAAAGUGUG